UCGCUUUCGCUUUGUCGAUUGAAAAGACAGAGAGAGAUAGAAAGAGAAAAUGUUGCGUCAAUACUCUGAAACCGAACAACACUGAACUCUUCUUCUUCGUUCUUCAUCGCUGUGUUUAUCGAAUGCGUUUUCUUCUUCUUUUGUUUCUUCGAUUUCAAUAAUGGCUAGGGAAUGGCUAAUUAACAUAAGAGGAUUUGCAAAGAAAUUGAGAAGCACUUCACUCUCUUCAGCUGAUCAGAUCAAGGAUUGUGGCGCAUGUCGUGAAUGUCCAAACUGUCAUAGUCGCAUAGACAACAGUGAUGUUUCCAGUGAGUGGCCUGGCUUUCCCCUCGGUAUUAAGUUUGAUCCUUCUGAUGUGGAAAUAUUGGAGCAUUUAGCGGCUAAAUGCGGUGCUGGGAACAUAAAACCUCACAUGUUUAUCGAGGAGUUCAUACCAACAUUGGAAGGAGAACAAGGCAUUUGCUAUACACAUCCUGAAAAUCUUCCAGGUGCUAAGAAAGAUGGUAGCAGUGUUCAUUUCUUUCACAGAACAAUGAAUGCAUAUAGUUCUGGUCAACGGAAGCGCCGAAAGAUUCAUCAUCGUGGUUCGACUGAAGACCAUGUACGCUGGCACAAGACUGGUAAGACCAAAGCUAUAAUAGAACAUGGAGAACAUAAGGGAUUUAAGAAGAUCAUGGUUCUGUAUAUAAGAUCUGAGAAAGAGUCCAAGUCCUACAAAUCUGACUGGAAAAUGCAUCAGUACCAUCUAGGGACUGAUGAAGACGAGAAGAAUGGAGAAUAUGUCGUUUCAAAAAUAUUUUAUAAGCAGAAUGAGAAAAAUGAAGAGAAACCAAUGGCUGAAGAACCUGACAGUAUAACAUCGCGAACAAGUCCAAGGACUCCAAAACCAAAUCCUCCAAAUCCACCGCGUACAGGAAAAUGUGUUGACAAUGGUAACAUCGAUGAAACUUCACUGAUGCCAUUUGCAGAGGAUGCCAAGUUUAUCCCUGUAGAAUCAAAUGCCAUGCAAUCUGAUAUUCAGGAUCAGGAAAACACAUACAACUUUCCAUGGUUGGCUGGUGAAUCACAGGCUGCCCUGCAAUUUGAUAUUCAGGAUCACGACAACUUUGCAUGGUUGGCUGGUGAAUCACAGGCUGCCCUGCAAUCUGAUAUUCAGGAUCACGACAACUCUGCAUGGUUGGCUGGUGAAUCACAGGCGGCCCUGCAAUCUGAUAUUCAGAAUCACGACAACUCUGUAUGGUUGGCUGGUGAAUCACAGGCGGUCCUGCAAUCUGAUAUUCAGAAUCACGACAACUCUGCAUGGUUGGCUGGUGAAUCGCAAGCUGCCCUGCAAACUGAUAUCCAGAAUCGGGACAACACAAACAACUCUGCAUGGUUGGCUGGUGAAUCACAGGCUAUGGAAAAUUCGGAAUAUGCCGGCUUGGAUGACCUAUUAUUGUGUGACGAGAUUUUUGAUUCAUCCACUCUAUUUACUGAUUCUCAAUUGGACUCGAUCAAUGACCUCACUCACUAUGAAAACAGAAUGACAGGAAAUUAUAAUGUAUCUAGUGAAACUUCAACUGCUGUCCUGGAUACACUGGAAUUGGAUACUCCUCCAGAUUUUGAUCUUUCGAAUUUGACAUUUGGUUCUCAAGAGAGUAUCCUUGGUAUGACAGGCUUGCUAUGAGGUGCUUUGUGAAGCAAGUUCCUUUUUGCACCAGAAGCGUUUUGUUCAGUUCUCUUUCUCUGUUUCAUUCUUCAAUUGCAAAUGUUAUUUUUCUUUUAUUUGGAAGCUUCAAAUAGUGCAUGAAGCUUUGUCUUUCUAGUUACAUGCAGUUUUAAAAUUGGCUUUGUUGGUGUAUUUUGUUCUUUCUAUGGUAGACAUAAACUUUUGUUUUGAAUUUUGUCAAAGCCAUGGAAUUGGAGAAUAGAUCUUUGGUGCUGAAAUCUAAAUGGUAUAGUUGAUUCUAUACUGUUAUGUACUAGAUAUGUGAGUGUUUGUAUGUGAAUAUUGUAUCAUGAACUAUGGUUUUAUAA